CACAGACACAAGAUAUUUUGGAUCAUACAUCUAGUAUAGGAAGAAAUAGCGACGAAUUCCAUAGCAAAGAAGCAGGAUCUGUGAAUGAAAUGGAGAUUGUAUAUUGGUUUCUGAGAUCUCUAUUGUUCCUGUACAUGUCCAGUGUUCAUCUAGGCUUCGUAGAAUCCUGUGUUUUCAAUGAAGAAUCGAAGUCUCCCGACCGAGUCCGUCAACUUUGCUGCUCUGUAAACCAAUCAGUGCAAACAUACCACACUAGGACGGAGAUCUGCUGCAAUGGAACUGUUCACGAGAGACGAGGAAAAUCGUGUUGCAACGGAGAACUUUUCAACCCAAUGGAGAAAAUUUGCUGCAAUGAUACGCUACAUCCCAGACGUAAUAGAGUUUGUUGUGGGAACACUCUGUACAGGUCCACGGGAUCCUCCUCCAUUUGCUGCGGGGGAAAACUCAAUCCAACACAGGGUGUCGGAUGUUGCGGAGGAAAGCAGUUGUUUAAUUCUUCUCAACUCUGCUGUGAACAUGACGGUGUCUUCCAAGUGGCCUCAUCUAAGAACAGAGACUGUUGUAAGGCGAAAUAUUACGAUGUAACCGCAGAACACUGCGUAGAUGACCAGAUUCUUAGUUUAGAUGAAAAUUUAUGUGGCACUGAAAUAUAUAACACAUCACAGAAAAUAUGUUGUGACCAGAUGUUGCACUACAUUCCUACCUCUCUCUACCUGCCCGACUGUUGCGGGGUUCAUUUGUAUAACAGGACUGAACAAAGGUGCUGCAAGGGUUUUAAGAUUCUAGCGCCGAUUGAUCAAGAGUGCUGUGGUCAAGGCUAUAUAAACUCCUCUACUGAUAUGUGUUGCAAUGGGGUUGCUCACAAACAAGUUACAGAUGGAAUCUGUUGUGGAACGGAUAGGAUCAUUAAGGUGACAGAAGGUUGCUGUGGCGCCAGGUCCUACAAUCUGUCUACUCACCAGUGUUGCAGAGACGAAAACACCAUACCUUUGUGGCAAAGCUGUUGCGGUCUGUAUGGUUACCACAAUGCGACACAAUUGUGUUGUAAAGAUCGGACAAUUAUAAAUAAAACGCAGGAGGGUGACAAGCAUUGCUGUCACACAUUAAAUGAUUCCUUAAUUUCUUAUGGUGAUCACGUACCCGCUGCAUGCGACAUCUAUUUCGGUGGGAGAAAAGAUAGGCAACGAAAUAAAGGAGAAAAUCUCCACAGUCUGUGUAGAGUAUGUUUACGCAGUCAGCGACGUAUUAUGACGCACAUCAGGUCUGGAAUAGAAGCAGUCUGCAAGAAACACACAUUCACAGUAUUAGUGACGUCUAGGACGAUGCUAGGGAGAUUUUGGAAAAUGCAAGCUAACUUUCUGAAACAUGAGAAAACCGUGAGAAAUGACGUCACACUGAUUAUUCCCUGCAAGUGUUCACAGCUGAAUAGGACCACGAAUUCUGAAUUCGUAUUACUGACUGAUAGCGAAGUAGAGGGAAAGACAUUAAGAUUAGGAGACAGCGAUGUCUUCUUGCCACACCAUUUCGCAUUAGUGGAAACAAUCGAACGUAAACAACGAGAAUGUUGGAAAUCAAAUAUUUCCAUUUUUGUCAGGAGGGUCAGAAAACGAAUUAACGCCUUCUUAGAUGAACUAUUAUAUGCAAGUUAACAUUACGGAUUAAAUGAAAU